AUGGAGGUUAGCCGUCAAUUGCUCUCCAAAGGCUGGAGCUUCCGUGAUCGUGAAAAUGAGCAGUGGAUGCCUGUAAAGGUAGUGCCCUCUGUGGUACAGCAAGAUCUCAUUGACAACAAGAAGUUAGAAGAUCCAUUCAUUGGUUUCAAUGAGCUCAAAGCUCGAUGGGUGAAUGAAAAAUCAUGGGUCUAUCGCAACACCUUCCAACGGCCCCAGGUCCCCGCGGAUUCCUCGAUCGAUUUGGUCUUCGACGGCCUCGACACUUUUGCAACCGUUAAACUGGAUGGAAAUGUGAUCUUGAGAAGCGAUAACAUGUUUCUCGGUCAUCGGGUGAAUGUGACCGAGGCAUUGCAGACGGAAGGCGACCACGUGUUGGAGAUUGAAUUCGACUGUGCGCUCCAAAAGGCGUUGGAGCUCAAAGCUGAGCAUUCAGAUCACACCUGGGUUGGAUUCAACGGCGAUCCGUCGCGUCUCGCUGUCCGUAAGGCUCAGUAUCACUGGGGGUGGGACUGGGGCCCCGUCCUGAUGACGGCGGGUAUCUGGCGUCCCGUUGCCCUGGAAGUGUAUACGGCUCGGGUGGUUGACCUGUGGCCUCAGACUCAACUGGCUUCAGAUCAUCGGUCGGCGGAGCUUACUGCGGUGGCCAAAUUUGAGAAUGCGUCUAGUGGUGACUUUACCGCCAAGUUCAGUCUGAGCCUGGACGGGACCGAGGUUGCUGCGGAAGAAGUACCUGUUUCCUCCAAGAAUGAAGCCAGAAUGACUGUCACGGUGGAUUCCCCGAAGCUCUGGUGGCCACACGGAUAUGGAGAGCAGAUCCUUUACAACAUUUCCGUUUCCUUGCAGCGCAACAAGGCUCAAGUUGCCGAGAGUUCGAAGAAGUUUGGCAUUCGUACGGCGGAGGUGAUUCAGCAACCCGACAAGCAUGGCAAAUCAUUCUACUUCCGCAUCAACGGGAUGGAUAUUUUCUGCGGUGGUUCAUGCUGGAUCCCCACGGAUAGUCUGUUGACCAACGUCACAGCUGAUCGAUAUCGCAAGUGGAUUGAGCUUAUGGUCGAGGGACGGCAGAUCAUGAUCAGAGUAUGGGGUGGCGGUAUCUAUGAGGAUGCCGCUUUCUACGAAGCUUGCGAUGAGCUAGGUGUGCUGGUCUGGCAAGACUUCAUGUUCGGAUGUGGAAACUACCCCACAUGGCCCUCGCUACUGGAGUCAAUUCGGGAAGAAACAGUUUACAACGUGCAACGACUGCGCCAUCAUCCCUCGAUCGUCAUCUGGGUCGGAAACAACGAAGACUACCAGGUGCAAGAAUCGGAGGGUUUGACCUAUAACUACGAAGACAAGGAUCCGGACAGCUGGCUCAAGACGGAUUUCCCUGCUCGAUACAUCUACGAGAAGCUGUUACCCGAAGUUGUCACCGAAUACUCUCCAAGCACGUUCUACCAUCCUGGAAGCCCAUGGGGCGAUGGGAAGAAGUCGUCUGAUACUACGGUUGGUGAUAUGCACCAGUGGAAUGUGUGGCACGGCACGCAAGAAAAGUAUCAGAUUUUCGACACCCUCGGUGGUCGGUUCAACAGUGAAUUCGGCAUGGAGGCGUUCCCCCACCUCUCCACGAUCGAAUACUUUGUCGAAGACCGCAAAGACCUAUUCCCUCAGUCGCACGUUAUCGAUUUUCACAAUAAAGCAGACGGACACGAGAGGCGACUGGCGACCUAUCUCGUAGAGAACCUGCGCACAGCGACUGACCUUGAGACGUACAUCUACUUGACCCAAGUCGUUCAAGCCGAAACGAUGAUGUUCGGCUACCGAGGCUGGCGCCGACAAUGGGGUGACGAGCGACAUUGUGGCGGGGCUCUUCUCUGGCAACUGAAUGACUGCUGGCCCACAAUUUCUUGGGCAAUCGCCGACUACUUCCUAAAUCCGAAACCCGCCUACUACGCCGUCAAGCGCGUGCUGAACCCCAUCGCCGUAGGCGUUCGUCGCGAGCACCACGACUGGAGCGUCGCUCACGCCCAGCCGCCUCACAAAAGCAAGUACGAGCUUUGGGUAUCCAGCAAUAGCCCCGAGCCUGUGCGCGGCAGCGUGGAGCUUCGAUUCCUCUCCGUCAACACAGGCCGAGACAUCCGCACCCCAAUCCUCCGUGAGAACAUUCCUCUCACUGCUAACGGCACCACAAACAUCAUCACGGACGGUCUCCUCGACCACAUCGCCGAGCCCGAGCCCCAUGUUCUCGCUGCGCGCCUGUGGGUAGACCAGAAGGUCGUCGCGCGUGAUGUGGACUGGCCUCAGCCCUUCAAGUAUCUCAAUCUUUCAGAUCGGGGUCUUCACGUGCAGCUCAAGCGGUCUUCUUCCGGACAGGCCACGCUGACGGUCAAUUCUCGCAAGCCGGUCAAGUGCCUUGUGAUCGAGGAGCAGGAGGGAGUCAGGAUAAGCGAUAAUGCUAUUGAUAUUGUGCCAGGUGAUGAGCAGACUAUUGAAGUGUCCGGAUUAGGCGAUAAGCCUCUGAAAUUCCGGUUCCUCGGCCAGGAGGGCGUUGAGACGAUUUGA